AAGAUUAACCUCUUCGAUCUAACCUUUAAUUUUGUGAGUUUUUGUAUUGUUAUAUUUGUGUUCUGUGUUGUUUAUUUAGCUGAAUAUUGGUUUAUUUUGCUGAGUCCAGACCCCAGUAUUUCCAUUGAUUAUUGUUGGGGCCUUGAGCUUUCUAGGAAGAAACCAUUGAAAUGGAAGAAUUGUUCAUGGCACAUUGUGAUUCGGAUUAAUUUUUUAAUAUAAUAAUUUGAAUAAAGCCAAUCAGAAAUCGACAUUAUUAAAGAAGUCUAAAAUUAUCACCAUGUCCGACGAAGAAAAUUCUGAAAAAUCAUUCAGAACCCUUGAGUCCCUGAAACAAGUAGAACAGGAGAAACCCACAGAAAAAAAUACGUUUUUUUCUAGUUUAAUAGAUGAAGACUGUGAUGAAAGCUGUAUCCAUAUAAUAAAACAAAGACUAGUACGUAUUCAAUAUCCUGGUAUAGUUAAAAAUUUGGAAAAGGCUGUUGAGACUCUGGGCGGCUUGGAAGGAAUAUCAAAAGCUGUAGCAAGGAAUAAAUUAGAGCUCAACUUCCAUCCCAAAAAUAAAUAUAAUAAAGGCGUUUUAGCAGAUACAAACACGAAUAGUGGAUUGUUGGUUAAAGUAAAGAAACAACAACGAGGUAAUGAAGCUCCAAUUUGGACUUACGAAAUUGUUGGAGCUACUGUUAAGAACUUUGUUUUCAGUAAAUUUAUUGACUUCCAGUAUUUGCCAUUAGUUGCUGAAUAUCCUGAAACACGUGAGUCUAGGGUGAAUUAUAUUUAUGAUUCUAUUCUCCCCAAUAAAAUACCAGAUAUCCAUUCUAUUCUCAAGAGUGAAAGAAUGUUCAUGCCUCUGUUUCUUCCCCCUUUUGGAUUUGCUCGCUCAGACAUCCAAAAAAAAAUAAAUCCAGUAGUCAAACAACCAAAUGAUAUAGAUUUCAAAGUUCUGCAAAAGAAAAAGGAGAAGCUUUCUGUGUUUGCUAAACCUAAACAGCCUUCUAUAUUCCAUAAAUUUCAUGAACCGGAAAUACCAGAGAAACCUACAGAUUUCAUUUCACAGUUGGUUAGUAGGAGGAACUACCAUGAGUAUCUCUUAAAAUUAGAAAAAUUAUUCCAUGAAAGACCCAUAUGGACAAAGAAUGGUUUGAGAUUUAAUUCUCAUUUAUCAAAUGAUCUCCUCAAGGUUCUACUGCCAGCAGUAGCCUAUUAUGAACUCAGUGGUCCCUGGAGAUGCACCUGGAUUAGAUUUGGUUAUGACCCUCGUAAAGAUCCAGAGUCUAAAAAAUAUCAGAAUCUAGACUAUAGAAUUCCCUAUUCAGUAAGGACAAACUUGAAAAUAGGUUCUAACAGACUAUCUCAGCCUAAAGGUUUGCCUACAAGUUUAGAUAAAUUGGAUAAAAACAAAGGUAAAUCUAGAAGAUAUGUUUAUGAUGAAAAUAGCUAUAAGUUGCGACCUAAUGUUUUACCCACAGCCCGCCAAGUGUUCUAUCAGUACUGUGAUAUCCUUCUCCCUGAAGUUCAGAUCAUGCUUUCCAGGUUACCUCCUGUUUCAGCAAAUGCUCAAUGUGACCCAAAAAAUGGAUGGUUCCCAUCAAGCUUUGUUGAACAGUGUCGUGAAAUUGUAACUAAAUAUAUCGAUCAACAAGCGGGUAAUGUUCUACGGAAACAAAGAGAAUUGAUACCGCCAAAUCCUAUCGAAGAUCUUUUUAAUAGAACCCAAAAACUAGUUGAACAAAAAACUUCUGAAAUGAAAGCAGAAGCUGGGCCUUCAACAAGCGAUGAUAAUUUUGAUGUUUUCACAAUAUAUGAUUCUGAUAGUGAUGAAAGUACAGGUUGUGAGAAGUUUUAUCAAGAAAAUGACCUUUAUGACUUGGUUGAUGAAUUAGAUGAUCCUCUUCUCUAUAGAGAUGAACAAUUGGCUGAAAUUAAUCAAAUAUUGAGAACGUGAAGAAGAAAGUAAUCAAGGAUAUUGAGAUCCUUGAUUUCCCUAACUUAUCAACGAAGAUAUGGAUGAAACAAGAUUCCAGAGAAU